CGCGUUAUUAAAAUCCGUAACAUGAAUGGAAUUCUGUCUCUCAAAAAAGUGUUAGGACUUCUGCUGACGUCAUGCACAACAUAUAUUAUUAUUAAAAAACUAUUGCCAUAUUAUGUUCGUAAUAAAUCUUUAAAAAAGUCCAAAAACGAUGAAAAAAUUCUCAAAGUUUUGUUUUUUCCUGAUCCGAAGCCGACGUGUGCAUUGAAAUUCGCUAGCAGGAAUGGAUGCACCAGAGCGAGAUGCAACUUAUCCCAUGAGCCAUCAUUCGCCUCUGCUCAACUUCUCAGUUGCCUGUUUAGGACCAAGCAUCAGCUGGAUGUCUGCAUUUAUGUAUUUACGGCCAUUGAGCUUGGAGAUUUAGUGAUCAAUCUUCACAGGAGUGGUGUGAACGUUCGCGUGAUCACCGACGAUGAGCAAGUCGAUGCAUCUUCGUCACAAAUUGACAGGCUCAGGCAGGCUGGCAUACAAGCACGGCAUGAUGCCUCUUCCUAUUUGAUGCACCACAAAUUUGCCAUCGUUGACAAAAAGUUGCUCAUCAACGGAUCGUUCAAUUGGACGUUAACAGCAACAACUGGCAACAACGAGAACCUCAUGAUAACCAACGAUUCGGAGUUCGUUGAUAAGUUCUCAGAAGAAUUUGAAAAAUUAUGGAAUCUGUUUGAUCCAAAGUUGUUUAACGCAACAACAUAACAGUUCCAUUUUCGUUUUGACGUUUAAAAAAUAAUUUUUAAUGAAGAAUAUAUAAGCAUUUGAGCUUUCUGCAAUUUCUUUUCAAUUUGUUUGUAAAGAUAUCACAAAAUAUUAAAUUAUUGAAGUUUGGAUAUUUUUUAAUUUUCUGCAUUCCACUCAGCUUACUACUGAAAUUUCAGAUUGUCAAGUUAAUGUGUGUUAUUGGUUCAUGUUUUCAAAAGUGUAAUAUUUAACUAAUAUGGAAAUUUUAC